UGUUGAAAAAUGGUCAAGGUUUCACGUUUUUCGAGUUGAGGUUAUGUUUACUUCAGUGACUCAUCCUCAUUUUUAGUUCGCUCAGUAAAAGAUUUUUGCUUAUUACUGCUCAAUAUUUAUAAUAUCUUCUAUAUUAUUUUACACUUCAUCUAUCAGAAAGAACUGGCGCUUAAUUAGCUGAUUGAAAUCGUUACGAAGCAUGUUAUGGAGAUUUGUUUGUAACCCUUCUCAUCAAACUAAUUUUGGCAGUGUAAGGAAAUUAUGGCAUCAAUUGAGCAGAGAAGUGAGAUCAACCAAGUUUUCAAAAGACUUGAAAGCGAAACCAUCAGAAUGUUCGAGUGGAGCUCGACUGACGGGGAGACCUGCCAUUCAGAUUUGUGUGGUAGCAUUCACAGGGAUCGGCAUCGGAGUAAAGAGCCUGGCAGGCAUCCCAAGAGCUGAGUGCGCAGGUGUUCGCUACAUUGAAAGAAAGAAAAAUUCGGAAGCUAAAUUCAGUUGGAGUCAAUUUUUCAAACUUCUCUGGCCAGAAAUAUGGAGUCUUCUGAUUGCAGUUGGCGCCGCCAUCAUUGUUGCAGUUCUCAACGUGCAUUUGCCAAUCUAUCUCGGAGGACUGAUCAAUGUGAUGACAAGAUUUUUGAAGGAUAAAGAAUCUGUUGAUUACGUAACAGAAAUGAGAGGGCCUGUGAUUCGCCUCAUAUCUCUUUAUCUACUCCAGUCUGUAGCCACAUUUGUGUACAUAUCGGUUCUGUCUGGAGUUGGAGAGAGAAUAGCAGCCAGCAUGAAAAAAGAGGUGUUCGCCUCUAUUAUGCGUCAAGAACUCUCUUUCUUCGAUAAGGAGAGAACUGGCGAGCUAAUUGACUGUCUCACAACAGACGUACAAGAAUUUAAAAGUGCAUUCAAGCUAUGCGUUUCUCAAGGAUUAAGGAGUCUGACUCAGAUUGGUGGCUGUGUGGUGUCGCUAUACUUUAUCUCUCCAAAAAUGACUGGGAUGAUGGUUGUUGUUGUUCCAGCAAUCAUUGUAAUUGGUACAACGCUGGGGGCCAUUCUGCGUGGCAUAUCCAAAGAAGCUCAAAAGCAGGCGGCGAGAGCUAUAACAAUAGGCGAAGAAGCAAUAAGCAACAUUCGCACAGUGCGUGCUUUCGCCAACGAAGACAAGGAAUGCGAAAUAUUCGGCGAUGAGGUGGAUGAGAGCGCUCGUUUGCAUGAGAAAUUGGGAUUUGGAAUCGGAUUGUUCCAGGCAGGUACGAAUUUGUUUCUGAAUGGAAUAGUUUUGGGUACACUGUAUUGCGGUGGCUACCUGAUCGUAUCAGAGCAAAUGACAGCCGGCGAUCUGAUGUCGUUCCUGGUUGCCACGCAAACAAUUCAAAGAUCAAUGGCGCAGUUGUCGCUGCUCUUCGGCAAUUUCAUCAAGGGUCUUCAGUCGGGAGCUAGGAUUUUCCAGCUUAUCAACCAAGAAUCGAGUAUUCCAAUCGCUGGAGGAAGUACUAUACCUUAUCAUUCACUCAUAGCUAAUGUCGAAUUCAAGGACGUAACAUUCUCAUAUCCUACACGACCAGAACAGGUAAUUCUGCAUAAUUUCAAUCUGACUUUGCCUGCCGGCAAGACUGUAGCCAUAGUUGGCACUUCUGGUAACGGAAAAUCAACAGUAGCAGCAUUACUUGAAAGAUUUUACGAUGUGGAUGAAGGUUGUAUCACGGUUGGAGGUGUGGAUAUACGUGAAUUGGAUCCAAAGUGGCUGAGAGGCAGAGUCAUUGGUUUGAUCAAUCAGGAGCCUAUUCUAUUCGCCACAUCUAUCAUGGAGAAUAUUCGCUAUGGAAAACCAACAGCGAGUGAUGAAGAGGUUUUUGAAGCAGCAAAGAAGGCGAACGCUGAUGGCUUCAUUAGUAAAUUUCCUCAGGGCUACAAUACAGUGGUUGGGGAACGUGGAAUUACUGUAUCGGGAGGCCAGAAGCAGAGGAUAGCAAUAGCUAGAGCUCUUCUAAAGAAUCCUUCCAUCUUGAUUCUGGAUGAAGCCACAAGUGCAUUGGAUGCUGAAUCCGAAAAAGUUGUACAGAAAGCUUUGGAUGAGGUUUCAAAAAUGAAGACAGUGUUGGUCAUAGCCCACCGGCUCAGUACUAUUCAGAAUGCAGAUUUGAUAGUAGUUCUUAAGAAUGGUGUCAUUGUGGAGAAAGGGAAUCAUGAAGAACUGAUCAGGAGAAAAGGACAUUACUGGAAUUUGAUGAACCAACAAGAUGAUCAAAGGACGAAAGGUUGAAUUGGUUCAUCAACUGUUAGAUUUUGUACAGAAUUUAGUAAAUAGAACGUUAUUUUACUUCUUAA